CUGGGAAGAGCGCGCUGACGUCACCGCGCGCCCGCGGUUGGCGGGAGAUCCGGGCCGGGAUGGCGGAGGGGCCGGAGCUGCGCGAGCUGGACUCGGACGGGAGCAGCGAGGAGCUGGUGCUGACCCCCGCCCAGCUUAUCCGCAGCCUGGAGCAGGCCUGGCUGAAUGAGAAGUUUGCCCCAGAGCUGCUGGAGAGCAAGUCUGAAAUCGUGGAAUGUGUCAUGGAGCAGUUGGACCACAUGGAGUCAAAUCUGAAACGAGCCAAGCACGGAGACCUGAAGGUCAGCAUCCACCGCAUGGAGAUUGAGAGGAUCCGCUAUGUCCUCAGCAGCUACUUGCGCUGCAGGCUUGUGAAGAUCGAGAAGUUUUUCCCCCAUAUACUGGAGAAGGAGAAGUCCCGAGCGGAAGGAGAGCCUUCCGUCCUCUCUCCAGAGGAGUUUGCCUUUGCUAAAGAGUACAUGGCGAACACAGAAACCUACUUGAAAAAUGUGGCCCUGAAACACAUGCCUCCCAAUCUGCAGAAAGUGGAUCUCCUGAGACUGGUUCCCAAACCCAACCUGGACUCCUUUGUAUUCCUGAGGGUGCAGGAGAGGCAGGAAAACAUAUUGGUGGAGCCAGAGACCGAUGAGCAGAGUGAAUAUGUGAUUGACCUGGAGGAGGGCUCACAGCAUCUGAUCAGAUACAAAACCAUUGCCCCCCUGGUGGCCUCGGGAGCAGUUCAGCUAAUUUAAGACACCACAAGACUGAAAGGGGCCAGGCAGGAGGCCCUGCAG